CGAAGUGAAUGCGAAUAACGAGUGGACCGGCGCCAUCGGCAUGCUGACUCGAAAUGAGGCAGACAUGGCGGUUGGAUUCUUCACUAUCUUCACCCGAGAGGUCAAAGGUCGCGGACGCAUCCUCAGCUUUCUUUUACGACAACGCGCGCAUCCUCUUUCGGAAGCGGAAGCAGGCCCAGGAGCCGCGUUCUGUCUUUCUGGGAACAUUCACGGGCCCCUUGUACCUUCUGCUGGCCGGCCUCUUUCUGGGCGUCGUGGUCAUGCUCACCUUCAUCGAAUGGUGCGCCUGGUGCUUGCAGGCGAACCCCACCGCAGCCCCCACCACAAGGAGGCGGUUUUUAUCCAGGACUUUGGCCGGCACCGAGGGAAUGCUGGCCGGCCUUCUCAACCAAUCCGUUGCCCUCAAGCUGGACUCUCGUGCCGGGAGCGUGCUGAUGUGUUCUUGGAUGAUAUUUUGCGUUGUGCUGACGUCAAUCUAUAGCAGCAAGCUGACGUCAUCACUGGCCGUCACUGACCAGGCCCUGCCCUUCGCCUCUCUGUCCGAGCUGGUCAGACAGAAAACCUACAAGUGGGGCAUCGCCGCGGGCACAGCCAAGGAGUCCAUUCUAAAGGUACCUGCCCCUUGGAUUGUCCUGACCCUAGAGUCGAUGACAUCACGAAGAUGAUAACGGACAAAACACGUUUUCCUGAUGCGUGCGUGCGUGUGUGUGUGUGUGUGGUUCGUACGUGCGUGAUCAGUUGAUUGCUAAUACAUUUAUUUUCUGACUCAGUCGUCGCCUGUAGAGGAGCACCGCGCAUUCUACAAUGGCGUGCUGGAGUUCGAGAAGACUGACCCGGAUGUCCACUCUUCGGACCUGCAGGUCCACAAGGCCAAAGUUCUUCACGAGGCCUAUGCCUUCUUCACCGGGGCCAGGGACCUGUAUGAUGAAUGGCACAAGGACAUCCCGGAGAUCACCAUGGUCUCUGUCGACUAUUUCCUGACAAGAAAGGGUUUCUACUUGCAGAAAGGAUCUCCCUACAAGACGCAGGUGUCUUACGAGAUCCAGCGGAUGUUCGAGACCGGAGUCAUCACCAGCUUCGUGGACCACUGGUCGCCGGCAGUGAACGCGACGGAGUCCAGCGCUAGGACCACCACCACCACCACCACGGAAGGUGCACACGCCAUAGCACUACCGGAAGUGCAUGGUGUUUUCAUUCUGGCCGCCUGCGGCACCUUCAUGGCUGCGCUGGCUCUGGUGGGGGAGCGCCUCCUGGCGUGGCACGGUCACAGGGUCAAGUCCAAGUGGCUGCAGCAGCCGCAAGACACCAUACGGCGCAGCGACGGCUACAGCUCGACUACAGCGCCAACGCUGACCUUUAGAACAUGACGGUAGGGGACAGAAUAUACCCGACACCCACCAUCAGCAUCACGUGACCAUGGUACUGAAAACACUGUGACCGAAACACUGAAAGCUGCCUCUUACCUGAGAGAUCGGGCCACUUGGUCCAGACUCUUCCCACUAGCUUGUUUUGUUUGGUGUGACUCAUUUUGAAACCUUUAUUUUCGAGUUUUUGUUUUUAUUUUGUUUGUUUGUUUGUUUGUUUGUUUGUUUG